GCAGCGAUGGCUCACUGUUCAUCAGAAAUCACUAACACAGUUGGUCCUGAAGAUGCCAAGGAAGAACUCUUGGAUGAAUGUCAUAGUAUUUGGAAGCAGAUGGAAGAGUGUCAGAGCAAAUUAAUGCUUCUAGGAACAGAUACACUGCUACCGUCAGAUGCCAAGCUUUCUUUGUUAAUGCUGCAGUGGAAAUCUUUAACAGUUGAGUAUCGUCAGUGGCAAGCGAAAAAUCCUGAAAUAAUUUCUACCAAUCCAGAUGUACUGUUAGAAUUAGGAAAACAAGAGUUGCUGAAAGUAAAAGAUGAUCUUGAAAUGGUUCUAUCAGCAGUUCGGUCAAAGAAUAAAAGCCUGGAAGAAGAUCUGAAAAGAGAAGAGCAGUGGUAUGAGGAACAGAAACAGAUGCUAGAUACUCUUAAUAAAAUUGAAGAAGAGGCAAAUACCCAAGCUCAAAAACAUUCUGCAAAAAGAGAUUCCAAUGAACUGAAAAAUAAAGUACUGAAAUUAAAGACCUUCAAGAAAGAACUCUUGAGUGCUUUGGGUGUAUUCCUGGAUGAACACUUUCCCCAUCCAGAGAAAGCUGAAAAUACUAAAAACAAGAACUCUUCUGUUCAGAAGCCAGCUGUAGAAGUGAUAACAUUGAAAGAAAUUUUAGAGAAUCUGAUAAACAAAUUAAUUACCACACCACAUGAACCUUACUUAACAAUCAAUGAGUCGUUUUGGCCACCUUAUAUUGAGCUGCUGCUGCGAUAUGGAAUUGCCCUAAGACAUCCACAAGAUCCAAAGAGAAUGCGGCUCCAAGCUUUUCACAAGUAGUGUGACCUACACAUGCACUUGAAAACAAAACAACACCAGUGCUCUUAAUUCAGAGCUAGGACAUACUAAGGUUUCAUAGGAAGUUUCUUAUCAAGCCAUCUCGUUGGAUGUGUUUUAUUUCUUUUUUUAUUAAAGUGGAUAUUAAACAGCAUGAAAGGAGGAAGAGUGAAAAAAUGAAUCUAUUUUAACUGCUUAUAGUUGGCCUUCAGUUUUAUAUGAAGAUUUGCAUUGUGGAAGAUUUUUUAAACUGCUUCUGUGAGAUGCUAAUUCAUGUAAUAAAUUCAUGACAAAGAUUUUAAACACCCAUUUUUACUUAAAAAAUCAUACUUUAUACAUUACUUCUGUGGUUUAGAUUUCUUAGAUUGCCUGAAGUAAUAUCAAUUUGCUUUAGUAUUUUCUUGCACUCUGUAGAGCAAUGGCCUUGCAAACAUUUGGAACUAACAGGUAUCCUCUCAAGAAUGUGUUGUGCCUUGUUUGUUUCUCAGAGCCUUUUCAAACAAUUUUAUUGGCUCCAAGAUAAACUCUUAGGAAAGCUGACACAUCUUCCUGUGCAAAGUGCAGCAGAUGUUGAGUCUACGCCUUUCACUUCAUGCUUCCCAAAUGGCCCAUUUUUGUUGAGCUGUAUUGCCUUACAGUAUCUGUCUUCACUAUUUCAGACCUAGUUUAUGAAGGUUUUUAAUGAGUCUCUGUUCUGUUGAUCUCUACAGCUUCGAAGUUAUGUCAGUUGAGAAUUACCUUCUGACUGGCAUUCUGUGGCAUUACCUGACUGGCAUUACCUUCAAUGCUGGUAUUCUAUGUAAUCUCAGUCUUUUCUGU